AAUUAUCUAUACCCACAAUGUCUUCCAUCCUUAAACAAAGAGUUAGAUAUCAACCAUAUUUAAAAAAAUUGAGAACCGCUGAAGAAUGUGUCAGCUUAUUCAAGCACGGCCAAUAUUUGGGUUGGUCUGGAUUCACGGGUGUUGGUGCUCCUAAAGCGAUUCCAACUGCUUUGGCAGAUCACGUUGAGAAGAACAACUUGCAAGGAAAGCUCGGAUUUAAUUUGUUCGUUGGAGCCUCCGCUGGUCCAGAAGAAAGCAGAUGGGCUGAAAACUCCAUGAUUUUAAGAAGAUCUCCUCAUCAAGUCGGUAAACCUAUCGCUGCUGCUAUCAAUGAUGGUAGAACUCAAUUUUUCGAUAAACAUCUUUCCAUGUUCCCACAGGACUUAACUUAUGGGUUCUACACCAAGAAUAAGCCAGAUAACUCAAACUUGGACUUCACGAUCAUUGAAGCCACUGCUAUCAAGGAAGAUGGUUCCAUUGUUCCCGGUCCUGCGGUGGGUGCUUCUCCAGAAAUGUUGAGCGUUUCCAACAACAUCAUCAUUGAGGUCAACACUAAUACUCCAAGUUUCGAAGGGUUGCACGACAUUGACUUGCCUGUUAACCCUCCAUUCAGGCAACCUUACCCUCACACCUCGGCUGAUUUCAAGAUUGGCGUUGAUUCCAUUCCAGUGGACCCAUCUAAGGUGGUGGCCAUUGUCGAAACCACACAAAGAGAUAAGGUUCCUCCAAACACCCCAAGUGAUGAGGUGUCUCAAAACAUUGCCGGUCAUUUGAUUCAGUUUUUAGAACACGAAGUGGCUCAAGGUAGAUUACCUUCCAAUUUGCACCCAUUACAGAGUGGUAUUGGAAAUAUUGCUAAUGCUGUGGUUGAAGGAUUGGCCGAUUCCAACUUUAAGAACUUGACUGUUUGGACUGAAGUGUUGCAAGAUUCCUUCUUAGAUUUCUUUUCCAGUGGAUCUUUAGACUAUGCCACUGCUACCUCUAUCAGAUUGACUGAAGCUGGUUUUGAAAGAUUUUACGAGAACUGGGAUGAAUUCUCCAAGAAGCUUUGUCUCAGAUCUCAAGUGGUAUCCAACUCUCCUGAAAUCAUUAGAAGAUUGGGUGUUAUCGCUAUGAACACCCCAGUUGAAGUGGAUAUUUACGCUCAUGCCAACUCCACUAACGUUAUGGGAUCUAGAAUGUUGAACGGUUUAGGAGGUUCCGCCGACUUCUUGAGAAAUGCCAAGUUGUCUAUUAUGCACACACCAUCUGCCAGACCUUCCAAGAUCGAUCCUACUGGUGUUUCUUGUAUUGUGCCAAUGGCCACUCACGUUGAUCAAACCGAACACGAUUUGGACGUGGUUGUGACCGACCAAGGUUUGGCUGAUUUGAGAGGAAUGAGUCCAAAGGAAAGAGCUGUAGAAAUCAUCAAGAAAUGUGCUCACCCAGACUACCAAGACCAAUUGAUGGACUACUUCAACAGAUCUCUGUUUGAAAUGAAGAAGAAGAAGAUGUUGCACGAACCUCAUAUUUUGAAGGAUGCCUUCAAGAUGCACCUUAACUACCAAGAAAAUGGUACCAUGAAGUUGGACAACUGGGAUGUGAAGUUCUAGAAGAAUAACAAGAAGAUAUAUUCAUGUUUAUAGGUGAUGUAUAUUAAUAAAGAUGCAUAAGCUAC